AUGGCCCAGCGCGCCCUCCCCAACCCCUUCGCCGACCACGACAAGUCCCUGGCCGCCGCCUACUUCGACGCCGCCGGCAGGCUGACUCCGGAGUUCACGCAACACCUGAACAAUAAGAUCAGGGAGCUUCUGCAGCAGAUGGAAAGGGGCCUGAAGUCCGCCGACCCCCGGGACUGCACGAGCUACACCGGAUGGGCAGGUAUCGCUCUGCUCUACUUGCAUCUGUUCGACGUGUACGAGGACCCUUCCUAUCUUCAGAUGGCCGAGGAGUACGUGAAGAAGAGUCUGGGCUGCCUGACAAAGCGGUCCAUCACUUUCUUGUGCGGAGAUGCCGGGCCCUUGGCGGUGGCCGCUGUUGUGUACCACAAGCUACGCAAUGACAAACAAGCCGAAGAUUGUAUCGCUCGAUUGCUUCAUCUGCCCAAACUUGACUCCCGGGUCCCUGAUGAGUUGCUGUACGGCCGCAUGGGGUAUCUGUACGCUUUGCUCUUUGUGAACAAGAGGUUUGGAGAGGAAAAGAUCCCGCAGAGUCACAUCCAGCAGGUCUGUGAGGCGGUCCUGGCCUCCGGCGAGAACCUGGCCAGAAAGCGGAACUUCACGGCAAAGAGCCCCCUGAUGUAUGAAUGGUACCAGGAAUACUAUGUGGGAGCGGCCCAUGGCCUAGCAGGGAUUUAUUACUAUCUCAUGCAGCCAGGGCUCGGUGUGGGCCAGACCAAGCUGCACAACGUGGUCAAGCCCAGCGUGGACUACGUCUGCCAGCUGAAGUUCCCCUCUGGCAAUUUCCCUCCAUGCAUCGAGGACUCCAGAGACCUGCUGGUGCAUUGGUGCCACGGGGCGCCGGGCGUCAUCUACAUGCUGCUUCAAGCUUAUAAGGUGUUUGGGGAGCAGAAGUACCUCAGCGAUGCCUUGCAGUGCGCCGAGGUGAUUUGGCAGUGGGGGUUGCUGAAGAAAGGUUACGGGCUGUGUCACGGGACAGCUGGCAACGCGUAUGCCUUCCUGACCCUCUACAACCUCACUCAAGACGUGAAAUAUCUCUACAGAGCUUGCAAGUUCGCAGAAUGGUGUUUGAGUUAUGGUCAGCAUGGGUGUCGGACACCAGAUACUCCCUUUUCUCUCUUCGAAGGAAUGGCUGGCACAAUCUAUUUCCUGGCUGACCUCUUGAUACCAACCAAGGCCAAGUUCCCAGCUUUCGAGCUGUAAAGCCUCCGCCUGCCGUGACCAGCAUGCGGCUUGUUGCACUUCACUUCGCUUCACUGGAAGAGGCAGAUGAAACGGGCUGUUGUCUCAUUUCUUAGCUAACAGAGCAAUAUCUUUAGGGUCACGCUUCUUUUAAAUUCUUUUCAGCGCCUGAUCCGCUUAAAGUU